GUUUUCAUGAGACUAAGUGUACAUGUAAAAAAAUACGAAGAUACGAAAAUGAAAAUAUGAAAAUAUUACAAUUUUUUUUGAUCUGUGAAAUGUGUUUAAAAUGAAUGCAAAAAACGAAUUGACAGCAUUCUAAUGCCAAAAACUAUGUUAUUCAUAGCAAGUGAUAAAAUGCAGAAAAUUUACAAGCAAGUGUAAAACCGUGUUAUGAGUGCUCCGCCUACAUAUAAGUAUAAGUAUCUAUACCAUUUCAUUGAAUGAAUCGAUAAAGGAUACGUUGGUAUAAAUAUUUUGUUGCGGGGAAAUCUACAUAUCCUAAUAUAAAAAAAGAGUGUUUGUGCACUUGCAGCAGGAUAUUGGAAAUGUUUUCAGUGUUUAAAAUGAAUUUUGCAGUCCUGGUCGUAAUUCUCAAUUUAAUUUUUACAUACCAGUGCCAAUGCGUUGAAGUUCAUUUUGAAUCUGCGGACAGUGGGUUCUUUUUAAAACACACUCGUCAAGCACCUGUUGCUCCUGAAAUAUCUACAAGCCAUUCAUCUCCCGUACCCCCAUUAAGGCCACGGACUAAUUAUGACUCCGUAUUGUCCGUAGAUCGUUUUACAGUAGUUCAAACUACACAAGCUGUUUCAAUAAGGGCAAGCUAUGGACCAUUUUCUACCAAGCAAACAGUUCCAGCAAGGUACAUAGUGCCUGAUACAAUUGAAAAUCAGCAUGAUUACAUGAAUAAUACCACAGCAGCUCUUCUUGAACUGCAACAGACAAAUCUUCAUUUGGACAUAUCUGCUCAUUUGGUCAGCUCAUAUGUAUCGCAGGACUCUCCAGUACUUCGUGUACUUUUCCAUGCAGGAGCAGAUCCUGGAGGCCACUUACAGCGCCAAAAAAUAUGCGUUUUAUUACACGUAUCCAGUGGAAACCAGGUACCUAUAAAGGGACGAUGUAUGCCAGAAGGAGAGGAUGGAGUAUGUGUGGCCGAGGUUGUCAUACCCUUCAACUGGUUUCACUCACUAUCGCCCAUUGGAAAUAAAGAAAACACAAAUAGCACACCAGUUAAAGUUCCACAGCGAUACGUUCAAGUCUCUUAUAGCGUCUUUGAACCGCCAGUGCGUAACCCAGAACAAUGUGAACCAAAGGUUCAGAUUCAACCAUUAACUUCGUUUGUUCAAGUCCCAUUGGUAGCCCCAGUCGAACCUUUUAAAGAAUUUCAGAUAGAUGAAUCUUUAGUUAUACUUCUGCCUCAGCAACCUCUAUAUCCUAUGUCGAAAUUCCACGUGCCAGUUUAUUUGCAGUAUUUGGAAAGAAAUAUUUCAUCCUUCACCGUAAAAGCUCGCGUUAAAUCAGGAAUAAAAGUUUUGGGAGCUACAUCAUCGUCCGAUAUGUGGAACAUAUCAAUAGAGAGGGAUAAUUCAAAGCAUUCCACCGUAAGAGUUAUCGCUUUGAAGAAGAAGCAAGAAAAUUAUGCGGAAAAUAAUGCCACUUCCCAAGUUAUGGAAAAUAGGAUUGAUGAAAUAUUUACGUGGCUCUUGGAGGUUGCUGACGAUUCCAAGGAAUUAAUAGAUGGCGGAAAAAUUGUGUGGUCUGUCACCUACGUCUACGAGAACCCAAGGGAAUCUUCGUUAGAAAUUUCACCGGACGAAAAUAAAAAAAGGAUGAUUGCAAAAUUAGAAGUGAACAAAGAUGACAUUCAAGCUGUUUUACCAAUGGCAAAGAACUGGGAGCUUAUGAAUACAGCUGUGUUAACAGGCCGUCAAGUGGCGCAAGCUAUGAAAGUAUUUAUUGUUUCCCAAGGAGGAAAAGUUGCAGAUGUUACUCUUCAAAGUUCAUGCUUUGCAGAGGAUGAAAGCGUUAUAAAGGUGUCUUCUUCAUGUAGUUCUGUGUAUGUAGACGGAUCCGAAAUACGUGGAUCAUCGAACGCUUCAAUAAUUGUUAAAUAUGGAACAUAUAUUGGACUUGCCAAGUUUAUAGUUUGGAUGCCUGAAUUUCCACUUGAAGUUUACAUUAGCGAUUUCCGGCUAUCGCAGAUUAAGGGAUGGAAAGUUAUUGACGAACAUCAGUACAUACAUAAGAAAUCUCGCAGAAAGAAAAGAUCAUUUUUCCAUGGACAGCACAAUUCAGGAUAUUAUAAUAAUGGGCUAUUAGAUAAGAUGUCUUGUCGAGCUCGUUAUCAGCAGAGUCCCGUUGAAGUUUAUGCCAGAUUCGUAGCUGUUGAUCAGAACUCUGGCCGCAUAAGCUAUUUUAUAUCGCGUCGCACAGGACUCCGUGUAACAGAUUUAGUGCAGCCCCUAUUGCGUGUUGCAGACCCCAAAAUUGCCAGUCUAAAGGGUAGAAUUCUGCAAGGAAAAUCCAUGGGAAGAACAGAUGUUCAGGUAUUGUCGCCAAUCACUGGACGAGUAAUUGGCACAAAAGAAAUUCGCGUUGGUAGCGAUAAAGUUAGUCUUGUUAAACUUUCUGUACGCGUUGUAUCUGGCCUCCAACUGACCAUAACACCAGACAACACUAUAGAAAAUGGUUAUAUAGCGGAAACUGCGGUAACCCACAAAUUAACGGCGCAGUAUCAAGAGGGACUGUUAGAUAUCGAUCUCGAGUUUUCGGACGGAUCAAAAACUCCUUUGAGGGAUAUAUCGGUGGAUGAUUAUUUUCUGCUGGUUGAAAGCUUGGACACUGAAGUUGUAGCCUUCGCCCCCAUGUUGGCCUCUCAUCAUCCCCGUGUCAUUGCGGUCGGAGAAGGAAAUGGUAAUCUAUUAAGAGUUACUCUACUUCUGUCCGAGGAAUGUAGGAUACGCCGUAACGUAAUGUCCACCAAACAAUCGAAAUAUAAUGCAUCGCCAUUGGCAAGUGCACUUGCUGCUGUUGAUGUUGAUUUUAACAAUGCCAACGAAAUAAUCAACAAACAUGAGGUUGUUCAAAAUGAUGGUAUCUAUCGCAAGGAGAGGAACAAAUAUUCAAGCAAUGCAGGAGAUCUUGCGGAUAUUAUAGGCAUACCAUUGCGGGAUUCUACACACCAUCAUGAACCUACUGUUCAGGCCCGCCAACACCACGGCAAUAGCCUUUCGACUGAUAAGGUACAUUUUACCAGCAAGAAAAUUCAGAACAGAAACAUGUCCUCCAUUGAAGUAGGAAUGUAUGUGCUGUUAACAGCCUUUUGCUUUGCAAUCGUCGUAUUUGUCAUAUCAUGCGUAGUGUAUGCAUCCAAAUUUAAGGCUAUACACAUCGAAAGUGGCUUAGAUGCUGGAGAUAUGCCCAAAGGAUCAAUGGCAGUGACUGAUAUAAAUCGCGAAUCUAAGUUCUUAUCGGAUACAACAACCAAUGCCCAUGACUGGGUGUGGUUGGGUCGUUCGACAAUGGAUCGAUCAUCAAUGUUGACAUUUAGUACUCAAGGUCAAAAUUUCAUAAACCCAAGAGAUUCCCGAAUACGAAUAACAGCAAAUCCCAUAAACAACUGUGCUACUACUAACCCGGUUGCGGUGAAAUCAACAUCGUUCCACAACCCAAGCGAUCCUUCGAAAAUUGAGAUGUUGGAUUCGAACAACAAAUCUAUGAUGGUUCAUAGCAAUGAUAUUGUGCUAAAACCUAAUGAAUAUCGGCCACCUGUUCCACCACACAGAAAUAUUGCCAUCAAACAUGUUAAUCACAAUUGUUCAAAUGUUAGCGGCCAAACUGCCGGAGCUAAGGGAAAUGUUGUAACAAUGGGUACAAGGAGCAAUGUUGCAUUUCCACAAACAGAUUCAUCUUCGUUAUUCGAUGAAAAAUAUUGCAAAAAUUCGCGGAACUGCAUUCACCAAAUUUAUUGCCAAAAAGAAGUCAUUCAUCAGCCAAGGCAGAAUUAAUGCAGGAAGAAAAGCAUAAUGCUGAAAAACUAGUUGAGUGUGGCACUCACAAACUGAAUGCAUUCCAAUUUGAUACAUUGACCCCAAAUAAAAUGCAAUUAAGUUCCAUAAAACCCAAGUCAAAAACUGGUCACCCAUCAA